AUGGCAACCUCAGAUGCAACCUUUGGGGCGGUUGAAUCUGAUACAGCGGGAUCGCUUCUGAACUUUGAGCUGCCAGAUCAGGACUUUUUGCUGCAGCUCGAGGCAAAAGUCCAGCAGCUCUAUGGGGCGCGGUCUGAAACAGAUCGCAAGUCGGCCCAGGAGGAGCUGACGGCGCUCCAGAUGCAUCCACAGGCGUGGAUGCGUGUCGAUAAGAUUCUCGAUUCGAGCACGACUAGUGAGCCCUCCAAGUUUUUCGCGCUACAAAUUCUCGAGUCUUUAAUCAAGUAUCGUUGGAAGACUUUGCCGACCGAGACACGAGAGUCCAUCAAGCUUUAUGUUCAGAACAAGGCAAUACUCUUGUCGUCGUCGGCGGAAUCUCUGGUACGUGAACGCACGUUCCUUUCAAAGCUGAACCUCAUCUUGGUGCGAAUAGUGGCCCAGGAGUGGCCCUCCCGUUGGCGCUCGUUUAUCAGCGACGUUGUGAACGCGAGCAAAACGUCGCCGACACUUUGCGAAAACAACUUGCAUAUUCUCCGAUUGCUGAGCGAGGAGGUGUUUGAUUUCUCAGCUGGGCAAAUGACGCAAGACAAAAUCGACGAGCUCAAGACGACAUUCAACCAAGAUUUUAGUGAGGUUUACGACCUCUGUCAGUAUGUAUUCGCACAGCGAGUAAUACUGCAGCAGAUGCAGCCAUCGCUUCUUGUGACUACGGUGCAGACGCUAGAGAAGUUUUUGUCGUGGGUUCCUUUGGGCUAUAUCUUCGAGACCGACCUUUUGGAGACGCUGCUUGAGCUGUUCGAUUACUCUGCAGAGCUGCGCAAUAGUGUGAUGCGUUGCCUCGUUGAGAUUGCAACACUCUCUGUUGGUCCCGAGUACGACGAAAGAUUUCUGUUUCUCUACAUGACACUUCUAUCAAAACUCGCCGUUGCGGUACCACUGGAGGUCGACAUUGCUGCGCACUACGACCAGGCCAGUGAAGCAACCCAGUCUUUUAUUAUGGACUUGGCGCUGUUCCUCACAGGCUUCUUUGGGGCGCACGCAGCGCUGCUCGAGCAGUCUUCGGACCCGGCACAUCGUCAGGCACUCGUGACGGGAAACAUGUACGUCGUGAAGAUUGCUCGAGUCAACGACGUGGAGGUUUUCAAGGUCUGCCUCGAAUGGUGGCGGAGCCUCACGGAGAGCCUAUAUCGGGCUCUCUUCUCCAUGUUAGACUACGCCGUGGGAGAGCGGACGCCACUCACUUUGGACGCGGAUCGACCCAAUUUCGAGCGACUCGAAGAUCAGCAUGCACGUCGCCAGCUCUACGCCAGCGUACUAUACCAGAUUGCCCUGGUCAUGAUCCAGAGAAUGGCGAAGCCAGAGGAGGUGCUCAUUGUAGAAGACGAGAACGGCGAGAUCGUGCGGGAAACCACGAAGGACACCGAUGCGUUGGCGCUAUACAAGACAAUGCGGGAGACGUUCAUUUUUCUAACCCACAUUGACCCGCUGGAUAUUGAAACCAUCAUGAUUGAGAAGCUCGAUCGUCAACUUGACGGAACCGAGUGGAGUUGGCAAAAUCUGAACACGCUCUGUUGGGCCAUUGGAUCCAUCUCUGGUACCAUGAGCGAAGAGUCCGAGAAACGCUUCCUCAUUCAUGUUAUCAAGGAUCUCCUGCGAUUAUGUGAGGAGAAGCGAGGAAAGGACAACAAAGCCGUGGUCGCAGCGAACAUCAUGUACGUCGUGGGGCAGUACCCGCGCUUCCUGCGAGCACACUGGCGUUUCCUGAAAACCGUGGUGAACAAGCUUUUCGAGUUCAUGCAUGAGCUGCACCCAGGAGUCCAGGACAUGGCGUGCGACACGUUUCUGAAAAUCGCGCAGAAAUGCCGAAGACAGUUUGUCAUCGUACAUGCAGGUGAACAUCAAUCUUUUGUGAACGAGAUGCUGGACAAUCUGGAGAGCAUUAUCGGCGAUCUGGAGCCGCAUCAGGUGCACUCUUUCUAUCAGUCUGCCGCAACGAUGAUCAGUGCAGAGACGGAGAGUAGUACGCGGGAACUCUACAUCCGCCGUCUCUACGACGCGCCGAAUCGUCGCUGGCGAUCCCUUUUGGAGGAGGCGACGCUUGACCAGAGCUUGCUGCGGGAUAGGAAUCGCAUGAAGGAGCUCGUUCACGUUUUGCGCCUGAACGUGCGAGGCGCGCAGGCUUUGGGUCCCCUCUUCUAUCCCCAGCUGGUGCACAUUUACAUGGAUCUGCUCGCGCUGUACCGGCAAUUUUCGCAGAUGGUCUCCAAUGCGGUCGCAUUAGGGGGCAUGAUCGCAACACGAAGCACCGACGUCAAGAAUAUGCGCGCCGUGAAGAAGGAGGCACUCCGUCUGCUAGAGACAUUUUUCGAGCUAGUCGAUCGUGACCCCGAGGUUCUGCACGCGGCAGCGGAGCAACUGGUGGAGCCGCUCUCCGGCCCCAUUCUCGGCGACUAUGCGCAAUCCGUACCGGAUGCCCGUGACGCGGAGGUGCUUACGCUCUACGCUGUCAUUAUCGAACAUCUGCGGCCGUACGCAAAUAUGCUGACGCCUCUCAUACCAGUCAUAUUCCGAUCGUGUUUCAAUGCGACGCUAGAGAUGAUUACGACGAAUUUUGAGGAUUUUCCGGACCAUCGAAUAGGUCUGUUUCAGUUGUUGCGAGCAAUUAACACGUCUUGCUUUUCCGCGCUGUUCUCAUUGGAUCCGGACCCGGCAGUAGCGGAGCAGUCGUUCCAGCUGGUCAUUAACGCUAUAGUAUGGGCGUUCAAGCAUACGGAGCGGAACGUUGCCGACACAGGACUGCAGACGCUGCUCGAGCUCCUUCGGAAUCUGGAUAGUAGCGGUUUCACCGAGUACUUUUACGAGCGCUAUUACUUGUUCAUUCUUAACGAUAUUCUUGCAGUGCUUACGGAUACCUUGCACAAACCAGGUUUCUCGCUACAGGCACAAGUGCUCAUGCAUCUUUUCACGGCAGCUCGUCGGGGUCAAGUUCGAUUGCCGCAAACCGAUGGUGGCGAAGCGACUGGCUCCACCACUGCGAUGGCCUCUGAGACGAUGGUACGCGAGCAUUUGCAAACGCUCCUGGAGAACGCCUUUCCGAAUAUGGGCCCUGUGGCAGUGCGUCAAGCGGUUGAUGGCAUGUUCCUCUUCCUGGACGACGAGCGCCUCUUCAAGCAGCACUUGCGAGAUUUUCUGGUCCGGACCAAAGAGUUUCUCGCAGGUGACAAUACCGAUCUUUACGACGAGGAUCGCCGAUCACUAGAGACGAAUGCCCAGAGGGCCUUAGCUGUGGUCCCUGGCAUGUCCAAGCCCAGCCAAGCAGCCGAUUCAGACGACGAAGACUGA